UGGAGGAGUCCUGAAUGAAUCUGACUGAGCACAAGCGCAUGCCCGUGUUCAGGUCUACACUGCGGCGACAAGGGAGGAUCUUUGUGAACCGGAGCUUGGCCCUGGAGAAGAUAAAAUGCUUCGGUUUUGAUAUGGACUAUACCCUUGCAAUGUACCAAUCUCCGGACUAUGAAGAACUGGCCUUCAAGCUGUUGCUGGAGCGGCUGGUCUCCAUUGGGUACCCUCACGAAAUCCUGGAAUAUAAAUACGAUCCUGCCUUCCCUACCAGGGGCCUGAUCUUUGAUGCCCAGUAUGGGAACUUGCUGAAGGUGGACUCCCAUGGCAAUCUGUUGGUGUGUGCUCAUGGCUUCCGCUUCCUCAAGGGGAGUGAAAUCUGGAAUUAUUAUCCAAACAAAUUCAUUCAGAGAGAUGACACGAAGCGUUUUCAUAUUCUAAACACUUUGUUUAAUUUGACAGAAGCCUACCUCUUUGCCUGCCUCGUGGAUUUCUUCACCAGCUGCCCCAGAUACGUGAACUGUGCGACCGGCUACAAGCAGGGCAACCUCUUCAUGUCCUUCCGCAGCAUGUUCCAAGAUGUCCGAGAAGCCAUGGAUUACGUGCACCUUUCAGGCUGCCUGAAGGAAAAAACGCUGGAGAACCUGGAGAAGUAUGUGGUGAAAGAUCCCCGUGUUCCUCUUCUGCUGAGUCGCAUGAAGGACACAGGGAAGAUGUUUCUUGCCACCAACAGUGACUACAACUAUACAGACGCAAUCAUGACAUACUUACUUGACUUCAGUGAAGGAGACACGGACAAAUCUCAGCAUCAGCCAUGGCGCUCUUACUUUGAUCUGAUUGUUGUCGACACUCGCAAACCACUCUUUUUUGCUGAGGGGACUGUUCUGCGGCAAGUCAAUACCAUUGUGCUGCUCUGCCAUCGUGACAUGAUCCAGAAGCCCUCUGGUGCUGCAGAAUGA